AUGUCUAGCCGCUAUUUCCAGAAGUACUUUCUGCGCUGCGGCCACUGUCAGUCCGUUCAGCGGUACGCAAAGGGUUACCGGCCCAUUCCCAACCCCAUCCUUUUUGACUCCGACACGCACUGCCGUAGCUAUCACCACGAACAACGUGAGUGCGCCGGUAUGUCUGGGAUUCUUAUGACGUGCCGCUGUGACAAGUGCCAGCGCGUGCACUCGCAGUGGAAGGUGAUGGACUUUCAAGAGUUCCUCGAUGCAAAGCUGUUGAUGAGUGCUGAGCAGCGGAAGACGCUGUUGUGGUCAACAGGGAGAAGCCCAGCAGACACAGCGGCGAAAAAAUAG